AUGAACGGUACCUCUACCAAGUUCACCCUCAAAAAUGUUCCGGUUGAGAACCAGCGUCCCCUCAAGGUCAUCAUAAUCGGCGCUGGGUUUUCUGGCAUCUAUUCCACUAUCAGGAUUACACAGAGGCUGAGAAACAUCGAUCUCACCGUUUACGAAAUGAAUGAGGAAACUUCCGGAGUCUGGUGGUUGAACCGAUACCCGGGUCUAGCAUGCGAUAUUCCUUCGUACUCUUACCAGUUUAGCUUUGCUCCGAACCCUUACUGGUCUUCUCUCUACGCCCCUGGACCAGAGAUUCGAGCUUACAUGCAAGAAGUCGCGGAGAGAUUUGGGGCAACUCGAUUCAUCAAAACCUCACACAAGGUGGAAGCAGCUACCUGGGAUGCCGAGAAAAAGCUAUGGAGCAUCAGAGUUCUCAACGUCAAGUCAGGCGAGUCGUUCCAAGACACGGCAAACAUUCUCGUCUCGGCUCGAGGUGGACUGAACCAGAUUUCUUGGCCCGACAUCAAGGGCCUGAGAGACUUUGGUGGAAAGCUCAUGCAUUCUGGAGCAUGGGACGAAAGCGUUGACCUGCGCAACAAGCACGUCGGGAUAAUCGGCAAUGGAUCAAGCGCCAUCCAGAUCGUCCCAAAGAUCCAGUGUCUAGAAGGCUUGAAACUUUCGUGCUUCGCAAGAUCUCCCACCUGGAUUUCGUCCUCGUUUGGAGACAGGGCAAUGGAGAAGAUGGGGAUGGCCCCUCAAGACACCAAGUGUACCAACGAGCAGGUUGGCGCAACCGCGCUGUUCGAAGCGGGAAUGCGCCAGCGUCUCGAUGGCAGAGAGGAUCUGACGACGGCCAUGAUACCCAAGUUUGCUCCCGGCUGCCGCCGUCUCACGCCUGGGCCUGGAUAUCUCGAGGCUCUCAAGGAGGAGAACGUGACCUUUAUCACCACGCCAAUCCAGGAGGUGACACCCAGGGGUAUCAAGCUCACCUCAGGCGAAGACGUCGAACUUGACGUCUUGAUCUGUGCCACGGGGUACAACGUCGAAGCGCCUCCCACCUUCGAGGUCACUGGUCGCAACGGAACUACCUUGGCCGAGAAGUGGAAGCCAUACCUCCAGUCAUAUAUCUCGGUAGCGGUAGAUGAGUUCCCCAAUUUCCUGCUAAUUGGAGGGCCUAAUAGCGGCCUAGGAUCCGGGAGCCUCAUCGCUGUGUUCGAGGCGCAGGGUGACUAUGUGGUCAAGGUAAUUCGGAAGAUGCAGAGGGAGGACUACGCGACUAUCGAGCCCAAGGCGGAACGGGUGACCGACUUCAGCCAAUACAUCGACGAGUACUUCAAGGGCACCGUGUAUACAGACGAGUGUUCGUCGUGGUACCGUGCGGGCAAGACCGGGUCUAGGGUUGUGGCUUUGUGGCCGGGCUCCUCGGCGCAGUGCCUCGAGGUGCUGCGUUCGCCCAGAUGGGAGGAUUUCGUGUUCGAGAGCACCGAGAAGACGGGGAAUCUCUUGCGGUGGAUGGGCAACAGCUGGAGCUUGACCCUCACCGAGGGAGACCCUUCAUGGUUCCUCGACGCCGACGUGGUGGACGUGCCUGAGGAGGGGAAGCCCGAGGAGGGCAAGUUUUACAAGAGGCGGCCGUUUUCGUACUAG